CGCUAUAUCCGCUAACAAUCCCUCCACGGUGACAAUACAAUCACAGUACUAGAUGUGUGUGUCUGCUACAGCACGCACGAACCCGCCAGUUCCCCGCGGGACUUUCCAACUGCAGUGCCUCUUUUGGCGCCGCCGGUCGCCGCCACGAGAGAAAGCAAGGGAUCCCCUUGUCACAUUUGGGCCAGAAACCAACCACACACGCUUUCCCUGCAACUUCCCUGGCGGCAAACUUCACCUCCCUCUGCUCGUUUCGGAUGACCGCCGUGGGCCAGGCCACCACGCCUUGCCUUUCUCUCCGCUGUGAUGAUUGAUUGAACUGAAUUGAUGAUGGUGGCGAUGACGGUGAUUUAAUGCUGGUAGCCGAUGCGACUCGCGCUCCGGCCUAUCUGCGCGUGUCCGUGUGUGCUGCGCGCGUCCGUCUACUCUCCUCGGUACUGUACAUGCUCGUCGUCGACGAGACUGCUGCUAUUCUUGUCACUAUUCCGUCUCUCUCUCUCUCUGUCUGGGCAGGCGUGUCUGUGUCGGAUCUUCGGUCGGGGGUGAUCUGUGCUUCCAUCGAGAAGGAGAAGGCGUUCCUUUCGACGGAUGUGGGUGUCGAGACGAUGCUGGUUCCUCUCGAUUGCGAUCGCGAGGCGCGGUCGGCUUUCAUCUGGUCACAAUUUACAACGGCCGGGACCUGGUUGUGUGUCUGUAUAAGAAAGAUGGAUGGGGAACGGGGAAUCGUAUCCCUUUCUUCCCUCUCUCAUCACCAUCAUCAUCAUCGUUGUCGUUUCAGCUUCUGUUCAUUCAUCCGUCUUGGUUUUUCGAAAUCGUUCUUCCGUUGGGACUUGAAAGACGUACGAACAAGUUUUCGUCAUUGUUGUGACCGAAUCUAGAGUCUGAUUCCACCUCUAUUGUCAUAUAUACCAUCAGAGGUUGAGAGAGAGAUUGCGUGUGACAUACGUAUAUCGCUAGCCGGAU